GAUAUCAUUACGAGUAUGCCUACAGAAGUGGCUACGCUCAUUUUUCAAUACUGUGAUCUACAAAGCAUCUUAGCGGCUACCGUUGUCUCCAAGUCAUGGCAUAAUUUGGCAAUGCAAAACCAAGUCUGGCAUAGUCUUGUCUCGCAACAGCCAGCAUGGGAUAUUCCAUCACCUAAACAUGACUACAUCGACUAUGUCGACUUAUAUCGACGACGAAUUGAUUUGAAGCAACGCUGGCGAAAAGGACAAGUCGAAACUCGCUAUCUUGAGGGUCACGAGGACAGUGUUUAUUGCUUACAGUUUGACAACGAAAAAAUUAUCAGCGGAAGCCGAGAUAAAAAGAUUAAAAUCUGGAACAGUCGUACGCAUCAGUGUAUGCAUACGCUUCAAGGCCAUACAGCCAGCGUACUGUGUCUCCGUUACCAUGGAAAUAUGUUGGUGUCUGGAUCAUCCGACACUUCUGUUCGAGUCUGGAACUUGGACACCAUGGACCUCUCCAUGCAACUGAAUGGCCACACUGGCGGUGUGCUAGAUGUGUGCUUUAAUGACGAAUACAUCAUCAGUUGCUCUAAAGAUACCACUAUUCGAGUAUGGGAUCGCUUCACAGGUGACCCUGUAGUCACGCUGAAUGGACACCGCGGGCCGGUCAACUCUGUUCAAGUUCAUGGAGAUCAACUUGUAUCGGCAGCAGGUGAUGGCCUGGUUAAAUUGUGGGAUUUGAAGAAGUUGGAACUCAAGAGAGAGUUUGUCGGUCACACUCGAGGUUUGGCCUGCGUUCAAUUCGACGGCAAGAGGAUACUCUCUGGAUCCAACGAUAAGAAGAUCAAAGUUUGGAACGCUAAAACUGGCGAAUGCACGAUGACUUUGGAAGGUCAUGAAGAUCUUGUUAGAACAUUAAGUUUUAAUGAGGAUUUGAUUGUCAGUGGCAGUUACGAUCAGACCAUCAGAGUAUGGGAUAUGCAUACUGGACAUUGCAUGCUCAGCUUUCAAACGGGUCAUCCGGGAUGGGUCUUCUCCACUGCGUUCAGUGCAACGCGUAUCAUUAGUACGAGCCAGGAUAGUAAAAUUCUGUGUAUGGAUUUCUCCACCGGUCUUGACACUAAGUUUAUUGUAUAGUUGACAUUAAUAAAUAGUAAUACUUGGGGAUCCAUUUUGGAGUCGAGCCCUG